AUGGGUGAUGAGAACAGCUUAUUUUCACAGUUUUAUUCGGAAGUUAAAGUUAUUGAGAAGAGGGACUCGACGCUUACACCAAAGCAGCAGAUUGACAGGCUUAACAGACCAGGAUGUACAUAUUUUAAUCUCAAUCCGUUCGAUGUCCUACAAAUUGACCCCGAUGUGAAAAUGUCAGAUAUUAAGUCACGAUAUCGUCAAAUGUCAUUACUUGUGCAUCCAGAUAAAAAUCAAGAUGAUGCCGAAAGAGCCCAGAAAGCGUUCGAUGCCGUCACAAAGGCUUUCAAGUGUCUCGAUGAUAACGCAAGCUAUCGUAAGUGUUUAGAAGUUGUUCAAGAGGCUAAAGAUCGCGUGGCCAAGAUGGUUUCAGAGAAGCGAAUCAAAUCUAAGGGUCAGCCCAUAGAUGAAGAUGAUGCGGCCAAGUAUCGACAUGCUGUUUAUGUCCAAACCUGCAAGUUAUUUGCAGAUUUGGAACGCUUACGAGUCGAUGAAGAGACAAAACAGCAAAACGAAAGAAAGAGAAAGGCGGAAGAAGAGGAAAUUCAUCGUUUCCGUGUUCAGUAUGACAGGGAAUGGCGCGAUAACUACGAAGAAAGUCGAAAGGAUCGAAUCAAAAGUUGGCGUGCAUUCACCGCAAAGAAGGCGAAAAAGGGCGAAAGUCUCGGUGGUUUCAAGCCGCCUAAACCCAAAAUGGAAACAAGAAAAUGA